AUGCCGCAGCCUCCAAAGAUGAACAUUUCUGAAGUAAAUCGAAUCCAUUUUGCUCGUCAUGUUCUGCACUUGUUGCUUCCCUUGUUGAGAAAACUGCUACAGGAGCAGAUGGAAGAGAAGGAAUUAGAGGCUAAAGUAAAAGGUGUUUUGGUAAAUGAAGUGAGCAAUAAGUGUAGAACUUCUAUAGUUGAUUUUCAUAGAAGCUGCAAGUGCUGUCCUUACGAUUUGUGCCUUGCAUGCUGCUCUGAGAUCCGCAAAGGAAAGGUAAGAAAACAUGUUGUGAGAGAGGCUGCAAAUAGGAAAGGACUGAGUGGUAACCACCUCUACUGUCCAGUUGCCACUGGUAUCAAGGAGGAUGACUUGGUGCACUUUCAGAUGCAUUGGGAAAAGGGUGAACCAGUUAUUGUUUCUGAUGUUCUCCAGUUAACCUCUGGUCUCAGUUGGGAGCCGUUAGUUAUGUGGCGGGCAAUGCGAGAUGUAAAGAAGAGCAGCAACAUAAAAGAUGAUCACUUUGCUGUCAGGGUAUUGGAUUGCCUUGAUUGGUGUCAGGUGGACAUAAGUCUACACCAGUUUUGUUUGAGAUAUAAGCAAGGCAGAACACACUCCACGACACACUGGCCUGAGAUGCUUAAGCUAAAGGAUUGGCCACCAUCUAAUUUGUUUGAUCAGAGAUUGCUUCGCCACAGUGCCGAGUUUAUCAGUGCGUUGCCGUUUCCUCAGUACACUGAUCCUCGAUAUGGUCUGCUAAAUCUUGCUGUCAAGCUUCCUCAUGGUGUCCUGAAGCCAGAUCUUGGGCCAAACAUUUGCAUAGCUUAUGGAUUUCCCCAAGAGUUAGGCAGAGGUGACUCUGUGACCAAGCUUCACUGUGACAUGUCUGAUGUGGUGUUGAACCUUGGACGUUCGAGCAGAAGCUUGGUGAAGCUGUUUUUUGUUCCUGCUGGAUGUCCUCACCAAGUCAGGAAUUUGAAGGUUGCAAUGGGCUUUGUUUCCCCUGAAAAUGUUGGCAAGUGUAUUAAACUGACUGGAGAGUUUAGAUGGCUUCCAUCUUAUCAUCCGGCAAAAAUGGAUAAACUGGAGAUUAAGAAGAUUGACCUUUAUGCUCUGAAGGAAGUGAUAUGUUUCUUGGAUCCUUCUUGCUCUGAAGGGUCAACAAGUGGGGCAUAG